AUGAUUAUAAUUAGAGCCUUUAGAAAUAUAUUUGGCAGAGCCACAUUUUCGACUUCUACGACAUCUACGAAUACCUCAUUCCCUCAGGUUUAUAGAUAAAAAUCACAACUCUUAGAAGUAGCAGAAUCUUGUAAGAUUAUCAAUGAAUUGCCACAUGAACUCAUAGAACAAAGUUGUAAUAUUCUAACCAAUAAUUUCUUUCCUCUGCAUGAAAAUUACAAGAGAAUUAUUCCAAAAAUAGAGGAAGUGCUCAAAAACUAAUAAUUGACUAAAGGCACUAUAUUUUAGGAUCAGGAUGCAUCAUCAAUAGCAGAACAGAUUUACGAAAUGAUGAUUUUGAUUGUUGAUUUUGCAGACAAAUUAAACAUUGGUUUUUUGACAGGAGACAUUCACCCACUUUCUUUUAAUAUAAUUUAAAGAGAAAUUGAAAUUACUUAAGAUUUUGAUCAAUUGAUUGAGAAUCUCAAAAAGUCUUUAUUCAACAUAGGAAAACAGUAUAAAUUGCCUUUGAAUGGUAUAAAAUACCCAGAAAAUGAGAAUCCUCGAAAUUUAUUUGAAAGAUAGUUGGUAAUUGAAUAGGUGUCAAAUGAAUUGGCAUUGGACAAAUUCUAAUAGGUUUUUGAUGAUUUACAGAGAAUGUCAAAGGCAUAGCAUUUAUUUGCAGCAUAGAAAUAUAUAGUUGAAUGGUUUCCUAAGUUAUGUGCUAUGGUAUAAUAGGAGUAAAUUUAAUGUUUAAGUGAUCCAAAUAGAGAGCAAUAAGGAUAUUAUUAAUAUAUAACAGCAAUUUAGAGUGAGAGAUUAGCAAUAAUAGCUUUAUCAGAGUUAAUGAAGGAGUUUAUAGAAGCAGCGGUGUUAUUUCAUGAUGAGAAGACAACAUUGAAUUGUUAUUAGAUAAGAGUGACUCGUUUGGCAAAUAGGAUAGGAGAGUAGAUUAUGAAGUAGCAUUUAUAUGAGGAGGAAUAGAAGAAUUUGAGAAGGAAGAGUAAGGAAGAUAUAUAGAAAAUGAUAGAGGAAGGGAUUGUAGGAGAAGAUUAAUCAGAAUAGGAAAUAGAGAAUUAGAAGGAAGUGUUUUAUAAGUAGGCAGUAGUGAAGGCAGGUAAAUUAUUAAAGACUUAAGAGGAGAGAUUGAAGGAGAGGAUUAAAAAUAAUAGAAUAUAUUUGUCAAAGUAUGGUUAAGUAAUGCCAAAAGAUAUAGCAUCUUAAAUAGGUAUGGUAUUAGUUCAUUUUUUGGUUGAUUCGAUAAAGUUUAGAAAUGAGAAUAAUUUUUGGGUACCAGUGUUAGUAUAAGGAUAUAAGAUGGUGAAAUAAGAUAUUGAAGUAGCUAUAUUUAAUGUAAAUCAAUUAUUUUUACAUCAUUUAUCAGCAGGUAUGCAUAAGGAUAAUUCAUAUUUUAUGCAUUUGGAUAGAGCAUUACCAAUGAUAUAUCCUCCUGCAAAAUGGAUGGAUACUUAGAUAGGUGGUUAUUAUUUGAAGCCAACAAAUUUAAUAAGAAUAUAGGAUUAAACAUUAUAGGAAGAUGCAGCAAAGAGAACUAAUCUUCAAAAUCUUUAUGAUAUUUUAGAUAAUAUUAGUAAGGUAGCUUGGAGAGUAAAUAAUAAAGUUUUAAAUAUAUUAAUUAAAGUAUGGGAAGAGGGAGGAGGAAUAGCAGAGGUUCCAAAAAGAUAACAUGAUAAAACAUAUAUUUUUGAACAUUAAAUAAAAGAAUGUAAGAAUUAUGAAGAGAAAUAUUAAUUAUUAAAAAGGAUAUAAGCUUAAAGAGAUCUGUAUUCAUUAUAAUGUGAUUUUACAUUGAAAUUAGGUGUGGCAUUAGCAUUUAAUGGAUGUUAGAAGAUAUAUUUUCCACAUAAUAUGGAUUUCAGAGGUAGAUUAUAUCCAAUACCUCCACAUUUAAAUCAUAUGGGUCCAGAUAUAGCAAGAGGAUUAUUAGAAUUUUCUGAAGGUAAGAAAUUAGGUAAGAGUGGUUUAAGAUGGUUAAAAAUACAUUUAGCAAAUAAAAUGGGUAAAGAUAAAUUAUCAAUGUCUGAUAGAGAAGCUUACGUAGAUUAGAAUAUAGAUUCAAUAAUUAAAUGUGCAGAAGAUCCUAUGAAAUAUUAAGAUUGGGCUUAAUUAGAAGAUGCUUGGUAGAGUUUAGCAGCAAUGUUUGAUUAUGUAGCAGCAAUAAAGUCUAAUAAUCCAGAAGAAUAUGUAUCUCAUUUACAUGUCCAUUAAGAUGGAUCAUGUAAUGGUUUAUAACAUUAUGCAGCAUUAGGAAGAGAUGUUGAAGGUGCUACUUAAGUUAAUCUAGCAAAUACAUCUAAACCUGGAGAUGUAUAUACACAUGUAGCUGGAAUGGUUGAACGGAGAGUAGAAAAUGAUGCUAAAGAUACUUUAAGUUAAGAUCAUAUUAUUGCUCUUAAAUUACAAAACUAAAUCAAAAGAAAAAUUGUUAAAUAGACUGUUAUGACAUCUGUUUAUGGUGUUACUUUUAUUGGAGCAAGAGAGUAAAUACAUAGGUAAUUAAAAGAUAAAGGUAUUAUUGGAGAUGAUGAUCAUUUAUAAUAUAAAGCAUCUAUUUAUCUAGCUAGAAUUACAUUAGAUGCUAUUAAAGAUCUUUUUGAAGGUGCACAUAAAAUUAAAUAAUGGCUUAUCAAAUGUGCUACCAUUAUAUCUAAUGAAAAUUAACCUGUUAGUUGGAUCACUCCACUUGGUCUACCUGUUAUUCAACCAUAUCGUACACUUAACAAAUAUGAUGAAGUCAAAACUUUAAUUAAUAAUGUUUCUAUCGAACCUGAUUCUGCUUAUGUAAAUCAUUAUUAUACUUUUAUAGUUACCUAUCAAUAAAGUUAAAUAGAGAUCGGCAUUCCCCCCUAAUUUUAUUCAUUCUUUAGAUUCAACACAUCUUAUGUACUCUUCUAUUGAAUGUCUUAAAUAGUAUUACAUAUUUUAUAAUAUUUAUAGAGGUAUAACAUUUGCAGCUGUACAUGAUAGUUAUUGGACACAUGCAUGUCAUGUAGAUAAAUUAAAUGAAUUACUCAGAGAAUAAUUUGUUAAAUUACAUUCUUAACCACUCUUAGAGGAUCUACGUGAUUCCUUCCAAAGAAGAUUUCCUCAUUUAAACUUCCCUCCUAUUCCCGAAAGAGGAUAAUUUGAUUUAGAAAAAGUUAAAUAAAGUGUCUACUUUUUCGCUUGAUAUUUUAUUUAUAAUUAUGUGUUGCAUUAUCUUAAGCCGUCC